AUGGAGGUGAUUCACGUAGCGAGUGUGGUGGUUGCAGCUUUGGUGUGCGGCUGCGGCCUCGUAUUCGCGCUUCUCAAGAGAGUGAAUGAGUGGGUGUACGGGAGCAGUUUGGGGCGGCAGAGAGCUUCUCUGCUGCCUCCCGGUCACAUGGGCUGGCCCUUGAUCGACCGAAUGUGGACCUUCUUUAGGGCUUUCAAUAACGGCCGUCCUGAUUCCUUCUUGGAUAGCUUCAUCUCCAGAUUUGGGCGUACAUGCAUAUACAGGACCUUCCUAUAUGGAUGUCCAAGCAUCAUUGUAAGCAAUCCUGAGAUGUGCAAGCGUGUGUUGACAAAUGACCAACACUCCGUGCCUGGCUACCGGAAAGCAACCAAAAAGAUAUUUGGCAACAGAUCGUUCCACGGCAUCUCACUCCCGGAGCACAAGCGGCUCCGUCAUUUGACGGUCGCCCCGAUCAACGGCAUGGAGGUGCUCUCUCUGUUCGUCGGCAAGAUCGAGGACAUCCUGGUCACCACCAUGGCGAGAUGGGCUGAGCUGGGGCGGCCAAUUCCGCUCAUGAACGAGAUGAACAAGGUGACUUACAAGGUCAUCUUGGUUUCUGGCCAUACCCAUCAACCUCCCUGGAUUUAA